AUGCAGAGACCUGGAGUGUUGUGUUGCACUUCAUGGAUCACAGGAACUGGGGUUCUGUGUUUAACCUUCUGCCAGCUGGCAGACGCUGGGUCGGACUGUGAGCUGGGCGAGAGAUGCAUUGGGCAGAGCGAUGAAAACUUUAGCAGCUGGUAUGUGUGGUUCCCCAUGUUGUUUUUCCUGGCCCUGCUCCUGUCCUGUGGGAUCUGCUGCUGCCUGCAGUGUUGGCUGAAAGGACGGAGCUGCCCGCGCCAUCAUCGCACCCUGGCCGUCUUUGCGCUCAGCGGCUCGGAUGCCUUUUGCGCAAACGAAGCGCCUCAGUGCCCCUUCUCCAGAUCUCCACACCCCUGCAUGGCUGCAGACGUGUCUUCUUCUCCCACCCCACGGUUCAGCCUUGGAGGAACCGAGUUGCCUCCAUCCUAUGAGGAUAUUAUGAAGGAAAACAAGCUCUAG